CCGUACACUAGUAUAUGAAAAGUCCAUAAACAAAGCGGCGAUCAGCUGGCCUACCGGUAGUGUUCGUGAUGGAAGAAGAGGACUUACUAGUUGGCUUGGCUCUUUUACUGCUCUUGAAAAAGAAGCAGGAAAAUGAGAAGAGGAGGAAGUUAUGGAGUCGUCGGUGGCUCUUGAGGAGGAGAGAGGAGAGUGUGUCCUUCAGACUAAUGAAAAAGCUGAGAGAAGAGGACCCGGCCACCUUGAGACAGUGGAUACGCCUCGAUUGGGAGCAGUUUGAAGAGCUGUUAGCCCAGGUUACUCCUCUCAUAGAAAAGCAGGACACAAAUAUGCGGCAGGCUGUGACUCCUGCUGAGCGUCUCACUCUGACACUCCGCUAUUUAGCUUCAGGAGAGUCUUACCGGUCACUGUCCUGUCAGUUCAGGAUAAGUCACACCCUCAUAUCCAGUAUUGUCCCAUCAGUCUGCAAGGCAAUCUACGAAGUCUUGGGACCAAGGUACAUCUCCCUACCAAAAACGGAAGAGGAGUGGCAGAAAGUGGCAAGUGAUUUUUACACACAGUGGAACUUUCCUAUGUGCAUAGGUGCUCUUGAUGGGAAAAGAAUUUUGAUACAAAAGCCUAUAAAUUCAGGGUCAGGUUUUUAUGAUUACAAGGGUCAUUUCAGUGUGAUCAUGAUGGCACUUGUUGAUGCAGAUUGUAAAUUUUUAUAUGUGGAUGUUGGUUCUUGUGGGAGAGCAAGUGAUGGUAGUGUGUGGGACAGGUGCACACUGAGGCAGGCAGUGGAAAGUGACAUCCUGAAUAUUCCAAAGUCUCAGACAAUUCCCUUCACUGGAAUGGAGUGCCCAUAUGUCUUUGUCGGAGACGAUGCUUUCCCUUUGAAGAAAUAUCUGAUGAAGCCGUACCCAGGCAGAGGUGGAACGGAAGAAAGUGUGAUUUACAAUUACCGCUUGUCUCGUGCUCGGAGGACAUCAGAAAAUGCAUUUGGAAUUAUGACAGCAAGAUUCCAGGUCUUUAAACAACCUUUAAGAAUUGCUCCUAAACAUGUAGAGGACAUAACCCUAGCUGCUGUAGCUUUGCAUAACAUGUUGAGGGAAAAAUCAAAGGACACAUAUUCUCCGCCGGAAUUAUUAGACCGAGAGGAUGUGGGAAAUGGAAGGCUGCAGCAGGGACAAAUGCACCAGCAUGCAAAUGCUGCAAUGGAAGGCCUUCGUGCAGUUGGAAGAGGACACACCAACGAUGCCAAGGAAGUGUGGGAUACACUGAAGGACUAUUUUAAUAAUGAAGGACAGGUCCCAUGGCAGGCACAAAUGGCACUUCUGCACUAAUAUGAGAUGCAGCAUUCAUAAGGUACUAAAAUAAAAUUAAAUUCAACUGAAC